AUGGCGGAUCCCUACCGCUCGUACCUCCCGUCCUCCUCUCACGACAGAGUUCCACUGGGCGGUUAUCCUGGGUAUGUUCCACAUGAGGAAUCAUCCUAUUAUGCUUCAAAAAUGGCUGCUCUGCGAGGAGUACCAAAUAUACCUAGAGUUGAUGUACCAUUACAGUCAAGAGCUUAUGGUUUGGAUGUUCCAGCAGGCGUGAGCCAUCCUGCUUAUGGUUUGGAUGUUCCAGCAGGCGUGAGCCAUCCUGCUUAUGGUUUGGAUGUUCCCGCAGGUGUGAGCCAUCCUGCUUAUGGUUUGGAUGUUCCAGCAGGCGUGAGCCAUCCUGCUUUGGUUGGAUUGGGUGCACUGCCAGCUGGAGCUAGGCCGCGGGGACCUAGCCCUUUGGAAGACCCAGCUCUAGUCCAGAGAAGUUCUUCACUUGGCAAAAGUGUCAGUGUUUCAGAAGUUGAGCGCCCCAAACCCCUUUUGAUUGUCGAUCGGCCAUCAGAAGAUGAAUCCAACAUUCUUUUUGUUGAUGGUCUCCCAACAGAUUGCACCAGGAGAGAAGUAGCUCAUUUGUUCCGUCCUUUCGUUGGCUUCAAGGACCUCAGACUUGUGCACAAGGAGCCCAGACGUAGUGGUGACAAGGCUUAUGCUCUGUGCUUUGUGGAGUUCAGUGACGCAAAAUGUGCAGGGACUGCUAUGGAGGCUCUCCAAGAAUACCGCUUCGACGAGAGGAAGGCCGACGACCCAUUCCUCAAGAUUCAGUUCACAAGGUUCCCGUUCCGACCUCCGCCAUCCCAUGAAGAUCGAAAACGCCCUAGUGCUCGCUGA